UUGUCUGCUUUAUAUGAUGUCUAAGGAGUCUUGCCUUAUUUCCUCCCCAUCUGCAGGCGACAACACUUCAUCACCGUCAAAGUCAACUUUCAUCACCGUAUGCAGUUUUUCUACCAUGAUGACUCUUCCUCUUCCUCUUCUGCUGUGCUUCAUCAGUCAUAGCGAAUCCUCCAGUAAAACUGUGUCAGGAAUAAAGGGAGGAAUCGUCACUCUAUCCUGUGGAUCUGAGGACAGAGAGAUUGUGGAGAUCAGAUUAUACAGUCUGUCGAAACACAUCCCUGUGUGUGAGGAGAGAAAUUGCAGCGGUCGAGUGUGUAAAGAAGGAUCAUGUGACGUCAUCAUCAACGACCUGAUCUACAGUGACGCUGGGAAAUACUUUAUAUAUAUUUAUUACAACAAUGAUCAGAGAGAAGUGGAGCGACAGAUCAGGAAAUAUCAUCUUCAUAUUCACGAUGAGAUCUCAGUGAAGAAAGGAGAGGAUCUGAAGUUGGAUGUUCUGUUGACCAACGCUGAUAAAGUGGAGAGAAACUCUGGCUCCGGCUGGACAGAGCUGUGGAGGAGAGGUCACGGGGUCAGCAGUGAUGGACUGAGCGUCAGUGAGCAGACUCUGAUCAUUCAUGAGUUUACAGACACUGACUCUGGAUCAUACAGAGUUCUGGACUCUAAUAAUGAAGCCUUGAUCACAGUCACAGUCACAGUGGUAUCUACAGGAUCUGGCUCAACAGGAGAACACACAGCUUACCCCCAUCGUGAUCGAGAACCUUUGAGUUGGCCAGAGAAAGUGAAUGGGAUUUUUGUGAUUACGAUAUUUAUUGCAUAUAUAGUGAUUAUGGUAAUUCAGAUUGUGUUGAGGUUUGCUGGAAGGUUCUGGUGAGAUUACUUGUAAUUUUCCUUGAGCACUAAACAUAUUCAGAGGAUUCUGUCUACAUAUUUCUCCAAUAUAUACUGUUUACACCACGAUUCGAUUAGUUUCAAGUGGCCUAAAGAUUUGGUCUAACAGAAGGGUGACCAAACCUAGUUCUUGAACUAAGAAUAAUAGUUUUUAUUGAAUAUCAACUAUUGUUUUUUAAAGAGUUAGGAAAGUAUUUAUAGAAAAAAAAAGUAAAAAAAAAAAGAGAAGGGAAGAAUUUACAUAUAAAGAUUGUAGAAAAUAUUUGUCUAAAUUAUAUGAAUUAUUUAAUGUAUAUAUAACAGUUAUUUCUUAU